AUGUCGCUUCAGACCGACCAAGAGGGUGGGGCCAGAUCUAGGGCUACUAAAGCGGCCGCCGCGCAAACCAAUCAAAGGAAACGUGCGGCUGGAAAAAAGGCUGAGGUGGGACAGAAGAAGUCCGGGAAGAAGGCGGAGGACAAGGGGAAGCAACCAACGGCACGCAAGCGUGUUUCGGCCGUGAAGCGCGAGGCGGGUGUUGGCACUGCUGCACUCGAUCCCGGUCCUUCCGACGAUGGCACCAUCGGCGGGAACGAAGACCCUGGGCCAGACGGCGUGAGUCACGCCGUCCGGUCGGCGGACAGAGAGAUCUCGGCGACUGGAGGAAAGCACGGCGACUCUCCCCGCGACGACCAGGCCGCAACUGUGGUGUCCGUGGCAGAGGCAUCACAGCAGCAGCUGACGCUCCUCCCCUCGCCCGUGGUCGAAGUAUCUGCUGUAGUGAUAGAUAAGGCCAAGGAUGCUGCGCACGAUUGCACGAGGAAGAGCGAUGGGGAGGAGGAGUAUGACACCCCCGUGGCCGAGGACAUCCCCAUACGCGCAAAGAGGAGGCAGACGACAGCCAGCGGUGACGACGCCGGUGGUGCUGAAGUUGGGACAACGCGUGGCACCGCGGAGCCAAGUGGCUUGGCGACAGAUCAUGCAUUGCGGCAUAAGGGCCCACCCGGACCGAGUAAACCAUCUAGCGGACGGAGGGGCAAGCAAGCUUCGAGGGGGAAGAGGCCGAGGCGCGGCAAAGAAGGCCCUGGUGAAGCGGAUGAGGAGGACGAGGGGGAUGGGGAGGAGGAGGCUGAGGAGGAUGCGGAGGAGGAGGACGAGGAUGCAGGGGAGGAAGAAAAGGACGAGGAUGAGCAGGAGGACGACGAUGAUGAGGAGGAGGAGGACGACGAUGAUGGCGACGAGGAGAAGGACGAAGAGGACGAUGAGGAGGAGGAUGAGGACGAGGAGGAGGACGAGGAGGAGGAGGAGAAGAAUGGGGAGGAGGAGGAGGAGGAGGAUGAGGAGGAGGAGGAGGAUGAGGAUGAGGAGGAGGAGGAGGAGGAGGAAGAGGAGGAGGAAGAGGAGGAGGAGGAGGAGGAGGAGGAUGAGGAGGAGGAGGACGACGUGGAGGGAGAGGAGGAGGAGGAAGGGGCGGAUGAGGAAGAGGAGGAGGAUGUGCCGGCAGGGAAAGGACGGGGCGCGCGAGGCAGACGGGGGAGUGGCACAGGGAAGCGUGAUAGUGUGAGGGCACACGGGACUGCUGCUGAAGAUGUUGAUCCUCUUGGCCAGAGAGGGGUUUCUACACACCCUUUUCCGGAUGUCAUGGAUGCGCUGGGCGAAGGUGCAGAGCAUGGGCAGUUUGUUACACGAGACGAGUUCCAGCAGCUACGGUCUGAGAUGUACGCCAUGUUUGCUCAGCUCGGCCUGCGUCGUGGAGCAACUGCCAGCUAUGCCGGGGGGGCCGCAAUGGUGCCUAUGGUUGGUACCCCGCCGCCGAUGAGUGCCGUGGACAGGGCACGUGUGCUUGUGCUGCAGGAGACAAACCCAUUCCCGGUAUGUGGCGGGUUGGGGUUGACGUGGCAACCAGGGCGGGGUUGCGGAUGA